AUGGAGACAUCAAGAAUCUUCAUCAAGGGGUUGCCGACCUCCCUCACAGAGGCUGAGGCGCGAAAGCACUUCUCCGCAGGUAACCGCGACAUCACCGACAUCAAGCUGAUCCCGCAACGCCGAAUUGGCUACAUCGGCUACAAGAGCGCCGAGGAUGCAGCGAAAGCUGUCAAAUAUUUCAACAAGUCAUUUGUUCGCAUGUCUAGGAUCUCUGUCGAACCAGCAAAAGCUAUCUCAGACCCGACCCUGAACAGACAACGCCAGGGAAACUUUCGCUCCGCCAUCUCUCCAGUAAAGAGGAGACCUGACGGUGAAGUCGCUGGCGCUGAUGAGCCCUCUGUCUCAAAGAAGAGGAAGAUUGAUGCGCCGUCAAGCCAAUCAUCCGACCCCAAACUACGCGAGUACCUGCGAGUCAUUGGAAAAUCGAGGGAGGAAGUACUCGCGGACACGCUGGACAGCAGCAGCAACAUCCAUGUCACCGCUGAUGGCGAGACAUUGCCUGGUGCCGUGCCCCAGGCUGCUAUCCCAGAGGGCGAUAGUGACGGCGAGUACGAGCAGAUCCCGACGGAGAAGGCGAGGAUGAAGCCAAACAAGCCGGCUGAGACUGUCAGCAAGGCUGCUACCCCCUCAUCUUCAGUGGCGAGGCCGCCCCAGACAGCCGUGGCUGGAGAAGCCCGGCGACAGAUGUCCGCUGCCGCAGCAGGCGGCAAAUUCGGUCACGAUGAUGCCACUGCAGCCGCUUCGACGGAGUCCGAUGAGGGUCAGGAGGUGAAGCAAGACACAGCCAUGACGGUUGAUGAAACGACUGCUCCCUCUGCUCCCGCUCCUGCCGCCACCGAUGACGACUGGCUGCGCUCACGGACAAACCGUCUUCUGGACCUCAUGGAUCCUGACGACAUCGUUCCCCAGCCUGCUUCUGGCAACGCCGACGCCCAGACUUCUCAGCCACCUCCAAGGUCUGGUGGCGACGGCGAGUCAUCCGAGGACAAGGUUGGACGGGAGACCGUUGACACCAGUGGCGACAAUGCCCCUGGUGCGAUCAACCAAGGGGCGCAGCUGGGAGAGCCGACUGGGCAUACCACCGUAGAUGCCAUACGGCAAACUUCUCGGCUCUUUGUUCGGAACCUCCCAUUUGGAGCGACUGAAGAUGAGAUUAGAGAGUCCUUCGGGAAAUUUGGCACUAUCGAAGAGGUGCAUAUACCCGUUAGUAGAACGGGGGCCAGCAAGGGAUUUGCCAUGAUCCUCUUCGCGGACGCCUCUAGGGCUGUGGAAGCAUUCCAGUCCAUGGAUGGUACAACAUUUCAAGGGCGAAUAUUGCACAUCAUUCCUGGCAGCGCAAAGCGAGACUCGGGACUGGACGAAUUUGAACUGUCCAAGCUGCCCUUGAAGAAGCAGAACCUGAUUCGGAAAAGACAGGAGGCGGCGUCCAGCACGUUCAACUGGAAUUCUCUCUUCAUGAACCAGGAUGCUGUCAACGCCUCUGUUGCUAGCAGGCUGGGUGUCUCAAAGUCGGAGCUGCUGGACCCGACGUCGGCAGACGCAGCGGUAAGACAAGCAGUGGCCGAGACCACGGUCAUCCAAGAAACCAAGGCCUACUUUGUAUCCAACGGCGUGGAUCUCGAGGCGUUCAGGACCAACAAGCGUGGGGACACGGCGAUCCUUGUCAAGAACUUCCCGUACGGUACGUCCAUGGAUGAGAUCAGGACGCUCUUUGAGCAGGCGGGCGGGCCGGUCCUGCGGGUGCUCAUGCCGCCGAGCGGUACGAUUGCCAUUGUGCAGUUCGCGCAGGCCAAUGACGCCAAGUCAGCAUUCGGGAAGCUAGCGUAUCGCCGCAUCAAGGACAGCGUGCUGUUCUUGGAGAAGGCUCCCAAGGACUUGCUCAAAGACGGCAGCGGUGGUGUGGUACCGAGCCAAUCGCGCACCGGCGGGUACGGGUCAGCGACGGGGGCCCAGAAGUUAGACGUCGACGAUUUACUGUCGAGCGCCGAUAGGGCGGAUGAGGUGGUAGACACGACAUCUCUGUUCGUGCGCAAUCUAAACUUUGACACGUCGACGGACAGACUGGCAGAGGCAUUCUCGUCGCUGGACGGAUUCGUCUCUGCCAGGGUCAAGACCAAGAACGAUGCCAAGAAGCCCGGGAAGACGCUGAGCAUGGGCUUCGGCUUUGUCGAAUUCCGCACCAAGGCCCAGGCGCACGAGGCUCUCAAGAUGAUGGACGGCCACGUCCUGGACGGACACACGCUGGCCGUCAAGGCAUCGCACAGGGGGCUGGAUGCCGCAGAGGAGAGGCGUCGGGAGGACAAGGCCAAGCGGGCGGCCGGGCAGAGGACGAAGCUCGUCAUCAAGAACCUGCCGUUCCAGACGACCAAGAAUGACAUCCGGACACUGUUCGGCACGUACGGGCAGCUAAGGUCAGUCCGCGUUCCAAAGAAGGCAGACCAUACCGCAAGGGGAUUCGCGUUUGCCGACUUCGUCACGCCUCGCGAGGCAGAGAACGCGCUAAACUCACUGCGGGAUACCCACAUUUUGGGGCGGAAACUGGUGAUCGACUUUGCGGAGGCAGAGGCAGCGGAUGCCGAGGAAGAGAUUGAGAAGAUGCAGCGCAAGGUGGGCGGGCAGGCCAAUAAAAUGGCUCUGCAGAAGCUGACUGGAGGGGGGAGACAAAAGGUGACGAUUGGUGAUGAGGAGGAAGGAGAGGAGGGUCUCUAG